UCUUAGCGGAAGCUCGUGCUUGUUUGUCUUCCGGUUUGCGUGAGGCAUGGCGAACUUGGACCAUGCCGAAGACGACCAGAACCACGUGAAAAUGCCCGGUGAGCUGCCCGCUGCUGGCUCGUCAGUCAAGCCGAAUCACGGGCCCCGUUCGCCGGCUGUACCUCCGAGCGCCGUCCCCUCGUUCGCCGCCGCCUCGGAGCUGCUGUCCGCUCCGUACUCCUGCCUGGUGCUGAACACGCACCGCAGACACGUCGCGCUGCCGCCCGUCUACCUGAAGAGGAAGAGGACGGGGAUUCAGGAGGAGCUGGACGCCGAGCUGCUCAAGUUUUCCCCGAGUCUGCAUGGAGUUCCUUUAGCAUAUGACGACAUCCGGAUCACGACCCAACAUGGAGACAUUUACGACGACAGCGGCUACAUCCACAUGGACAUCGAGGCCAACUUCAUUGUGUUCCAGCCCAAAACUGGACAGAAACUCUUGGGAAAGGUGAAUAAACUUGGAGUGAGUCACGUGGGCUGCCUCGUACACGGCUGCUUCAACGCCAGCAUCCCCAAACCAGGUCUUGUCUCUGUGGAAGCCUGGAGGGACGGCGGGCCGAGGAUCGGGACGGAGCUGGAGUUCAAGGUGACGACGCUGGAUGCCGACGCCGCGGGGGUGCUGCUGAUCAGGGGACAGCUGGACAGAACCAGGGUGCAGGAGCUGAUGGCUAUGAGCGAGAACUCGGAGUCGAGCGUUCCUGCUGGUCAGGAAGAGCUGCAGGAAGCAGAGCCGGCCCCAGAACCACAGGAAGCAGAGCCGGCCCCAGAACCACAGGAAGCAGAGCCGGCCCCAGAACCACAGGAAGCAGAGCCGGCCCCAGAACCACAGGAAGCAGAGCCGGAGCCGACCCACGACAGCACGCCCAAGAAGAAGAAGAAGAAGAAAAAGGAGAAGGAAAGAAUCAAAGAGGAGGAGACAGAGGAACAGAUAACAAAGACGCCACCCAGUCUGAACGGAUCCACGGAGCAAACAAACAGUUCGGACCCUCCAGAGAAGAAGAAGAAAAAGAAAAAGGAGAAACGCGUGAAAGAAGAGGAGGAGCAGAUGGAGGUUUCGGCCAUGGAGAACCACCGUGGCUUCGGUGACAAACCGAGCAAGAAAAGGAAGCUUGAAAGUGGGACAGAUGCACCAUCAUGGGGCGAGGUAACCCCGAAAAAAUCCAAGAAGAAAAAGAGGGACGUUUAGUGGUAAAUUGCAGACUUUAAGACAAACUCAAUUUUAAAAUGUUUAAAUUAAGUCCUGCAGAAAAAAAAGAUCAAUGGUGUCUCUUCUCAGUGGAUUGUAGUUCCACUACGUUGCCUGAUGGUGGAGCAAAACCACCACAGAUGAACACUGUGGCAGGCAACAAUGGGGUGGAAACUUCUCAGUUCUGACAUGAAUUCAACUCAUUUUCCUCAUGUGCCUUUCUAAGAUUUCUUCCUUACAGACAGACUGCUAUGACAAAAGCUCCAAUGAAAAUGUGUGCUUUUUUUAAAAGAUCAUGCUUAAAAUCAAUGCAGCACAGUCACAGGGAAGCCAGUGACUGUGCUUUACAGUGUGUUUUUAUCUUGAGAGAGAACUGAAGAAAUUUAAAAUAAAUAUGAUUCUCAUA